AUGAAAAAUAAUAAUGGUGAACAACUAACAAACAAAAGUGAUACCAAUGAUGUUGAAUCAGAAAUACCUAAAGACACUGACGAUGAUAAUGAAGAUGAUUUUGGAGACAGUCAAUAUCUGAUUUUUUUAAAGUCAUUAGACAAUGGAAAAUUAAUAAAUCAUAUUAAUCGUAUAAGUCAAUCUCAGACCCAACCUCAAACUCAAACUCAAACUCAAAUCAAAAGAUCAAACGAAAGUCCGGAAUUAAAGCAGCAUUCAUUUCAGGAAAGUUCUACUCCGAAAAAACUACCAUCAAUCUUAACUUCAGUCAGUUCAGAUCCCUUUGAUGAUGAUUUAGAUAUCAACAUACUUAAUAAUGAGGUAAUAAAUGGAAUAGACAAUAGAGCAUUAUCAAAUCUUACUAGUAAAAAUCCCGAAAUUGUGCAUAAAAAUAUAAGCGCAGAACUCACGAAAGGCAUUGAACCAAACAACGAUCAAAACAAACAAGUUUCAGAAUUAAGCGACUCGGAAUCAGAAAGUGAUAAAGAUGAAUCUGCUAUUGGUAAGCUACAUGAAUUUGGAGAUUACAAAACAUAUUUUGAUUCUAAACAUAUGAAGCAACAACGUCAAGAUGAAGCAUAUGUUAAGUGGGAUAAACAAAGAAGAAAGGAUCAAAAUUUAAGUCUGCAACCAACUACUAUUUUCAAAGAUUGCGCUAUAUUUGUGAAUGGACAUACGAAACCUUCAAUCAAUGAAAUUCAUAGAUUGGUGAUACUUCAUGGUGGUAAAUUUUUGAGUUAUUUACCAAAUAAGUCAAGUGCAACGCAUAUUAUUUGUGAUAGAUUGACUCCAAGAAAAAACGUUUCAUUCAGAAAUUGUAGGGUUGUCAAAGCACAAUGGAUUGUAGAUUGUGUUGAGGCAAAAGAAUUGUUAGAUUGGCAAAAAUAUAGACUUAUUUUGGAUGUAUCCUACGAUCAAAAAAGGCUAACAUUUGGCAACAACAACAAGAAUGACGAAGAUGUGGAUGGUAAAGAAGUAAUUUAUUCGGGUAACUGUGCUGAAUAUCAGACCAGAGCUGAAAAUACACUUAUAGCACUAAAUGGUGGUGUCAUAAUUCAACAAGGCAACGACAAGAUGUUGAAUCGAAUAGAUGAGGAUGAUGAAGAAGAAAUUCAGUCAACUUUGUUGAGACACGAAGAAAACAUUUUGGAGAAACUGCAAAAAUUGGAAUCACUGCAAGAAUCAGCAAAUUAUGAUGACGUCGAAGAUUUUCCUGUUCUUGACAAAAUACCUACAGAAAAUGAUAAAGGGGUCCAUAAAGUUCGAGGUAAAUUUGUAUUGGAUGCUAGACAUCCUGAUUUUUUAGCUGGUUUUUUUGCAAAUUCUAGGUUACAUCAUUUAAGUAUGUGGAAGUCUGAUUUAAGAUUGAAAUUUUUGAAGAGAAUUAUUAAAGAAAAUUUACAUAAACCUAAGCAAGAUGCAUUUUCUGGAGUACAAAAGAAUCGAAAGAAAAUUAUAAUGCAUAUUGAUUUCGAUUGCUUUUUUGCAACUGCCUCUUGCUUGAAACAUCCCAAUCUUGACAUUGAGAAGGAUUGUAUUGUAGUUGGUCACGGAGGUAACAGUUCAGACGUGGCUAGCUGUAACUAUGUCGCCAGAACUUUUGGUAUCAGAAACGGUAUGUGGUUACAAACUGCUCGAAAAUUGUGUCCAAAUUUGAAACUUAUAGACUAUGAAUUUAAUGCAUAUGAAAAGUUUUCUGGGGAGUUUUACAAUUAUUUGGUGUCAAGCAAGUAUUUUGAUACAAUAUUUCCAGUUUCAAUUGAUGAAGCUUUAGUUGACGCUACCUCAUAUUGCAAUUCGUCUGAAAAAGGUAUUGAAGUUGCAAUUGAUGAAUUAAGUACGUUAAUUCGAAACCAUGUUUUUCAAAUAACUCAAUGCCCGGUUAGUGUUGGUGCUGGUCCAAAUGUCUUACUAGCCAAAAUCGCUUUAAGGAAAGCAAAACCGAACGGUCAAUAUGCCGUAUUUCAAAAUAUAGAUGAUAUUAUUUCAUUAGUACCAGUGAAAGAUUUACCAGGUUUUGGGAAAGGAUUUUUAACAAAAUUGGAACCAGAACUUGAUAAUUCUAGCCCAGUUAUUAAAGAUAUCCUACCAAUUACAAAGCCCAGAUUAAUACAAUUACUAGGUGAGAAAACAGGAACUAAAUUAUAUGAGUAUGCUAGGGGAAUCGAUCAGACAAGUAUUGAAAUUGAUACUUCAAAUCCUGAAAUGGUGUUGGGAAGAAAAUCAAUAUCCGUAGAUGUUAAUUUUGGUAUUAGAUUUGACACUAUAGAAGAAUUAGAUGACUUUUUUAUCAGAUUAGCAAGAGAGGUGUAUAAUAGAAUGGUUAAUUUAGGAAUUAUUGGGUCGACUUUGACCUUGAGACUAGCAAAGAGAAGAGAAGGUGCGAGUGUUAUAACUGCAAAGUUUCUUGGAUUAGGUGAAGUCGAUUUUGUUAAUAAAAGUUCAAGAUUAGGUGUAGCUACGAAUGAUUGGGGUGUUAUUGGUAAUGAAAUAAAAGUUUUAUAUCGAAUGCUCAAUAUACCAGUGAAAGAAUUGAGAGGGAUCUCUAUCAGUAUAACUAAAUUAAAGGAUGUUGAGUCAUCAAAGUUAUCAAAACAAAUGACGUUACCGUUUGCGAAGUCAAUAAAUACCGGACUGCCGGUGCAAGUUGGUAAGCACAUGCAUGUCAUUUAUAGUACUAAAGACUCAGACCUGAAUGUCUCACCAAAACUUGACGCUUUUGGAACACCAAUAUCUAUUAAGGAUACGAACCCGUUUGCACAAUCACCUGCCAGGUUAGCUUCAAUACGACCAAAAGAGCAAUUAAUUUUCGAUAAAGAAGAUAUUGCUAGAAGAAGAAACAAAUCGAAUGUCACAAAACCACCACCACCGGAUCAGUUUGAAGACUUGAAUCAAAUUGAUUGGGAAAUGUUCGAUGCCCUACCGCUGGAUAUAAGACGUGAAUUAAAAAGUGAACUUAUCAGGAGAGGUAUUUUACCAGAAGAGAAAAGUAGCCCUCAAAAAGGCAAAUCAUAUUUACAACAGGUUUUUCCUAGUCCUGGGGGUGAAUCUAAAUUCGUGAGAGUUCGGGACUCUCCAGGUAAAUCACCAUCAAAAUCACCUCAUAAGAGAAGACAAACUCCAGCUGCAUCACCAGUGAAAAAACAAAAACAAACUCCAAUUACAUCACCAGUGAAAAAACAGAAACAAGAUCCAAUUUAUGAAGACUCUCAAUCGUAUGAUACAUCUUUGAUUAACCAGUUACCUUCAUCUAUCAAACAGGAUGUUUUAAAGGAUAUUGAAUAUAAGAAAAAAAUUCAAAAGUUUGAUUUAUUACCUAUGAGAGAUAAGAUAAAUCAGAAGAUAGAGGAAUCGAAAGUCGAAGUAGAAUCAAUUACAAUGAACUGGAUAUCCCACCAACCAAAAAUUCUAAAUUUACCUUCAUUCUUAAACAACAAAAUCAGCACAAGACAACUCCGUUCUAAAAUUGAGGAAUGGGUGUCUACAUCACUAGACCAACAAGGUCCUCACAUAGAAGAUAUUAAAUAUUUUCAACAAUUUUUAAUUGAAAUGACGGAACGCGGUCAAUCAAGUAGAGCUAUAUUAUUAAUUCAAUAUAUUAGGGACUUGUUAGAAUAUCAUAGAUCAAUUAUUAAGUUUCAUGAUGAAUCAAAUACUCAAUAUUCUGAUGGUCAAAAUACAUUCUACAUGCUGGGAAUUGAUGAUUGGGAAAAUCAAUUAGAUAUAUUACAUAACGUUUGUAAAUGA